AUGCGUCAUCCCUUAUUCAACACGUCACCACGCCCCGCCGAAGAAUCCCACCGCGGAGUCCGCACCGCAUCCGCUGCGAUUCUGCGAUUCUUCUUGUGCCCAUGGCAAUGCACAUUUCAGGAAAUGGCGAGGAGGGAGGGCGCGCUGCACGUCCGCAUACCCGCGCCGGGCUUCUUCCAACGCGGCGCCGUCGGCUGGAUCAUGUGCCUCCUCGCGCCUCUUUUCGUGAGCACCUCCUUCAACCCUCACCCAUCGGACCGCCCUUAUCCCGCGUCCUUCGGUGCCGGUGCAAGCGCAUUUCGAUCCACCAUCUCGUGGGUGGGCGUGGCGACGCGCAGGGAGAGCGUCACGCUGGGCCCCGACGCCUUCUCCAUCGUGCACACGCGCUACGGCGUGUCCAAGAAGCGCGAGGGCAGCACGCACCUCGUCCACUCCAUCCUCGUCGUCGAUCGCAACGCUCCGCGCCUGCUGCACCCCCCGCAAUCCACAACGGCUCCCGGCAUUCCCGUCCCGGGUCCUACUCCCCCCACUGCAGCCGCUCCUGCUGCCGCCAGUGGAAGCGCACCCACUGCCCGGCGUGGUCCCGCCGCAGCUGCUGCCGCCACCGCCAAUGCCCGCGCGCGGGAGACACCAGCAGAGCCUCCGGAGCUUGUGUGUGUGUUUGCGCUGCCGGGCACAGUGCAUAGGUUCGGUGCGAACCUGAGUGAUGCGGAGAAGUACUGGGUGGUGGGUGAACUGGCGUAUUACCUGCAGAGCGUGCGCUUGCACCUGGCACAGCAGAAUGUAUGA